AUGCAUUUUAAGAGAUGGCUGACCUGAGACAUCGUAGCACCAUCUAGUCCUUAUUUUGACAGUUGUUUGAGAAAAGGUUAGAAUCAAAGAUAAAUUGUGUACGACUGUUAAGGAGAUUAUCCGUGACUUUCUAUGUACGAUGGAGGAAGUGGACAAUAUAAUAAUACAUUCGUUGAGACAAAUAGGCUGCGAUGUAGAAGACAAUAUCACCAACUUAAGUGGCUUUCAAACUGAAUUAGUCAUUGAUGCGACUGUCAGAUGUCUUAAUAUUAUACGUCCUGGUCUUGGUUUAUCCACUGUUUUACCAGAAAAUAUGACUGCAAGAUUUCGUCUUGGUGCUGCAUUAGCACAAGCCUGCUUGGAUCUCGGCUACAAAGGUGACAUUGGGUAUCAAACCUUUCUCUACAGUUCAGAAGUAGAUCUGCGUCGUGUGUUCAUGUUUCUUAUUGAAAAACUUCCAAAAGAGUGUGACAAAUCUUUAAAUGAGCCAACAAGCCGUAUUGCACUUCUUGAGAAAUCUAUUGCCUCUACAGUAGCUAAAGAUCUGUCUUCUUCCUGGCUUCCUCCAUACUGUCACAAACAAGGUCCUCAUUGUCGUGGUAGAACCACUACUGCUUACAACAGUAUCGAGUUAGAUCUACCAAUAGCUGGCAAGGAUGAAGAUUUUCAGAAUUACUAUAUUCACUAUCAGCGACCAAUCAAUGAACAGGCCUCUAAUCAACGUUUGUUACCUUCCGUGAUCUCGCACAACGCUAGAUUAAUUUAUGGCAAGCCUACAGACAUAUUGGAAAAACUUGAUUGGCUAAAUGAGCAGAAAGAGGAAUUCGGUGAAGCAGUACACGAGAAUCAAGAGAUCCUUAGUAGAUUCACGCUCAAUGAAAGAUUACAAUUUGCUAAGGAUAAUAUUACCGAAGAAAAAAGUCCUUUUACGGAAAGUCCAGUAAAAACACCGGUAGGAGUUUCGCUAACGAAAGAGGAGAAACAGGAGCUUGCAGUAGAAAAUGCAAAAAUGGAAUGCGAGACGUUACGCAAUACAACAGAAGAAUUACAAACUGAAAUUCGUAAGCUCAAUGUCAAACUUGCACAGCUUACAACAACGCGACAGGCUGAAGAAAAGGAAUUAGCCGUACGACAGGAACAACGUAGAAUCAAAGCGCGAACGUAUGAUCUUUUACCGGAUGGUGAAGAGAAUAUAAAAAAAUUGGAAGCUGCCAUUGAGGCGGGUGCAAAUAAAUUAAUUCAUUUAGCCAAUCAGUGGGAGAGACAUCGAGGACCAUUAAUUGAAAAAUAUCGAGACGAAAGAGCGAAAUAUUCUAGCAAAGCUAGCGCGAGCCAGAAAAAGGUUGACGAAUUAAAGAUAUUGAGGGACAGAGAACAGGAACUCCUGGAGGAAUUGCGAAAUAAAGAUCAGCAGUACGCACAACUUAUGGCAGAUGUUCAAAAAUUGCCAAAGGAAAUUAAUCGCUCGGCCUACACUCAAAGAAUUUUGGAAAUUAUUAAUAACGUCCGCAAACAACGUGACGAGAUCGACAAGGUCCUCGCCGAUACGAGAAAAAUACAAAAAGAAAUUAAUACUCUCACAGGGCGAUUAGAAAGAUCUUUUACUGUUGUGGAUGAGCUUAUAUUUCGUGACGCUAGAAGUAACGAAGCUUCCAGAAAGGCUUACAAAUUAUUGGCGACGCUUCACUCAGACUGUAGCGAAUUGGUCGACCUCGUCGAAGAAACUGGUGCAACGAUAAGAGAAAUUCGUGAUCUUGAAGAGCAGAUCGACUCGGAGUCAACGAAAAAUGUUGGCGCAAAUUUAGAGAGGAUAACAGCGGAUUUGAAGCAAAUGAAACAAGAAACAGCAAUCUUGACGGCACAAUUGCAAAAUAAAAACUCGUGAUCCAAAGCGGGAAUGCAAAAAGUUCGCUGGCGAUUACGAGAGCACCGUUCUAUAGCAGGGAUUAUAAGUGGCGCUUCUUGUUGAUGAACUCUUCUGGAAGCUUCAACCAUUACUUUGUUAAUAAGGAGGGAUUUUAUUACUUGAAAGAAUACAGGAGAGCAGGAGCUUUUCUAAGUUUUUUCGUACGGCCUGAAAGAUAUUCUCUACAUAAGGAGAUCUAUUAUUAUUGUUAAGGAGCACUACUGUAAAGAAAAAAACACUAUGAGAAAUAUGAGCUUGAUUUGUUGUAUAAUGAAUAUACGAAGUAUAUGGAAAUUCGUAUUAGAAACACGAAA